AUGCCAUCCCACCCGCGCUCCCCUCUCCCACGUCCACCACCCCUCCUCCCUCCUCUCUCAACCACCACCUCCCCCACUUACUCUCCCCUCGCCUCACCGCUCGACGAACGCCGCCCGCUCCUCCGUACAGCUCGCUCGUUCGGCGCAGACGACCUCAGGCGCAGGUCGCACCAGUUCAGCGAUUUGUUGUUCCGACAUGGCGACGGGGACGCUCAGGCCGGUCCAGGGGGUCUCGAGGAGGCGUUCGAUGGGGCGGACGGGGUCGAGCGAGGUGCGGAUGACGAGGGAGAGAGAAGGGGUUUGGCGAGAGCCAGGAGCAGCUUCUUUGGGAGUAGGAGGGGGAGCUUGAGUCGCUUGAGGACCGGAGGAGGGGGAUAUGAUGGCGAGUUCAAGGCUGAGCUCGAGGGAGAGGCGGGCAACGGCGUAAGGAGCUGGUACGACAACUACACCGCGAUCGACUGGAUCCACGACACGAUCAAGCAUUCCCUCCGCCUUCGCCGCCUUCGCCGUCUCAAGCGCACGCAAGGCCUCCGCGGCCAGCUCAUCAACCUCUGGGACGGCUUCCAAGGCUGGCUGCUCGUCACCAUCGUCGGCUUCGUCACAGCCUGCAUCGCGUUCAGCAUCAUCCGAGCCGAGAUGUGGUUGUUCGAUUUGAAGGAGGGGUAUUGUGCCACGGGAUGGACCAGGGCAAAGAGGUUUUGCUGCAGGGCGGAGAGUGCGCCUGAGAAGGCGUUCGGGACGUUCGUCUUGCGUGGUUGGGCGCCGAUUGCGUUGGAGGAAGGAGGAGAGUGCGAGGCUUGGACGACGUGGGUGGCUGUAUGGAGGAAGUGGACGGGCGAGGGCGAAGGGGCGGGAGAGGCGGCUUCUUACAUCGCCUACAUCGCCAUCGCGCUCGUCUUCGCCGUGCUCGCCUCCGUCCUGACCAUCUACUUCACCGCCUCGACCUCCGUCUAUUCCUCGAAAGACUCGCUCGCUUCGCCCCGCCUCGGCAACACCGCCAAGCUCGCCGACGCGCCCGAAGCGUCUGUCUCACCGCCCGUCUCGACCAGCAAGUACGGCGCGACUGAUGAGGUCGUGUCGGCUUCGACGAGCGAGGCGAGUCUCGAUACAGUGCUGCAGGGUCACGUCGAGCCGAUUGCGGUGCCGAGGACGCGCAAGACGCUUUACUACGCCGCCGGCUCCGGUAUCCCCGAGAUCAAGACCAUCCUCUCCGGCUUUGUCAUUCGCGGCUACCUCGGUUCCUGGACACUGGGCGUCAAAUCCGUCGGCCUCGCACUCUCCGUCGCGUCCGGCCUCUCGCUCGGCAAAGAAGGUCCCUUUGUACACAUCGCCUCGUGUGUCGCGAAUAUCGUAUCGAGGUUCUGGAGGAAGUAUGAUAGGAAUGAGGGCAAGAGGAGGGAGGUGUUGAGUGCGGCUUGUGCAGCGGGCGUCGCGGUCAGUUUCGGUGCGCCGGUUGGCGGCGUGCUGUUCUCGCUCGAGGAAGUCUCGUACUACUUCCCGCCUCGCACGAUGCUCCGCUCAUUCUGGUGCGCCAUGAUCGCCGCCAUGACGCUCAAGAUGUUCGAUCCGUUCGGCAGCGGCAAGAUCGUUCUCUUCGCCGUCACGUACGACAAGGACUGGCACUCGUUUGAGCUCCUCGGCUUCCUUUUCCUCGCCAUCUUCGGCGGGGUUUACGGCGCCUGCUUCUGCCGGGCCAACAUCGCCUGGACGAAGCACGUUCGCAAUGGCACUUUCCUGAAGUCGCACCCGAUCGUCGAAGUCGCGCUCGUCACUCUUGUCACCGCCUGCAUCGCCUUCUAUAACCCAUGGUCGAAGAUGGGCGGCACCGAGCUCAUCUCGUCGCUCUUCUCCGAAUGCUACAAGUCGGAACGCCUCUCCGGUCUCUGCGUCACCUCGCCCUCGCAAGUCGGCCCGCUCGUCCUCUCGCUCGGCGCAGCGCUAUUUCUCAAGGCUGCGUUGACGACCAUCACUUUCGGCCUCAAGCUCCCAGCCGGCAUCUUCAUCCCCACUCUCGCCGUCGGCGCUCUCGCAGGCCGCAUCGCCGGACUGGCCGUUGAGGUUCUGCACGCCAAGUACCCUCGCAGCUUUGUCUUCGAAGCGUGCAGGAUGGACGGCGAGAGCGGGCCGUUGCCGUUUGGACAGGCUUGCGUCUUGCCAGGCGUGUGGGCGAUGAUCGGCGCCGCGGCAGCUCUCGCAGGCGUGACUCGCACGACGGUCUCGCUCGCCGUCAUCGUUUUCGAGCUCACCGGGACUUUGACGUACUCGGUUCCGACGAUGUUGGCGGUCUUGCUGGCCAAGACCGUUGCGGACAGCAUCGAGCCUCGGUCGAUCUAUGACCUCGUCAUCGAGGUCGCCGACCUUCCCUAUCUCGAUGCGAAGGCCGAAUACGUCCACGACUCUACGCCGCACGACAUCCUGGACGCCAGCGCACCGACCAUCUCGCUCGACACCGACAAUACCGUCUCCUCGCUGUAUUCGCAACUCGCCGCCCUGUACGCCUCCGGCACAUCGAGCGGCUUCCCCCUCAUCGCCACGGACGAUGCCGGCAGUCCUCGCAUGUUCGGCUAUAUCGGCUCGAAGGAGCUCGAGCAUGGUCUCUCGCUCGCUCGCCCGCAAGGCCUGCCUCAUUCGACGACCUGCACGUUCAGGGUCGCGCAGGCAGCGAGAAGGGGACUCGCAGCCGAGAUGAGCGCCGCUGCGACGCCUGGACUGGGCGGAGGAGCGGAGAGCGAGACGUUCGACUUGAGCUGGUUGACGGAUCAGGCGCCGCUCACCGUGAGCGCGAGGAGUCCGAUGGAGCUCAUCCACGAGAUGUUCGUCAAGCUCGGCAGCCGCUACGUCGUGGUAAUUGACGAGCGAGGCUGCUACCUCGGCCCCAUCGAGAAGAAUCGCUACCUCCUCUACCUCCGCUGGCUAGAGAAGCGCAACCACGAGAAGACGAGCAAGUCAAAGUGGUUCGCGCAGGCGGAGGCGGCGGACAGCGUCCGUGACGGGGUGAGGAGGGGAAGGAGCGAGGCUAGGGAGGUGGCCUAA